GAACUUGGUGAUAGGCCCGCCUUUGUUGAAUCUUCAUUUAUGGUCUUUCUUUCUAUUAGUUGUUCUUGUUUGCUAUAUCUUUAAACCUCUUGCUUUUGUUUUGCUUCAAGGUGUGGUGUGUUUCACAUUUGAAGUAACACUGAAAAGAAAGGAAAGUGAAGUUGAGAGUUUAAGAAGAACAAGAAAUGGGGGUUGGUUCCCAGGAUGCCAUCAAGCAGUUCCAGGCAUUCAUUGACCAAGUUGAGGAGCCUUUGCGAACAACGUUUCAGUGGUUAAGGAACUAAAAGGAUAAAAUAGCACUGCCUAUAAGAUCAUGGAAUGUUCAUCAAGGAUUUGUCACUGCAACUUUAAUGCGGUUUCUAAAAGCAAGGGACUGGGAUCCUUACAAGGCACAGAAAAUGUUGGUUGAUUGUUUAAAUUGGAGGGUGCAAAAUGAGAUUGACAAUAUAUUAUCUAAACCAAUUGUUCCUGCUGAUUUAUACAGAGCGGUGCGUGAUUCACAACUCAUAGGAUUAUCAGGUUACUCAAGAGAGGGUCUGCCUGUCUUUGCAAUUGGUGUUGGGCUUAGCACAUUUGACAAAGCAUCUGUCCAUUAUUAUGUGCAGUCACACAUUCAAAUUAAUGAAUAUCGUGAGCGUAUAGUCUUGCCUUCUGCAUCAGAGAAGCAAGGGCGACCUAUUACCACUUGUAUAAAGGUCUUAGACAUGACUGGUCUGAAGUUAUCAGCCCUGAAUCAGAUUAAGUUGUUAACUAUUAUAUCAUCCAUUGAUGAUCUGAACUACCCUGAGAAGACAAAUACUUAUUACAUUGUAAAUGCUCCAUACAUAUUUUCAGCUUGUUGGAAGGUUGUGAAGCCACUUUUACAAGAGAGGACAAGAAGAAAAAUACAGGUGUUACCAGGUUGUGGACGAGAUGAGCUGUUGACUAUCAUGGAUUACUCGUCUCUACCACAUUUCUGUAGAAGAGAAGGUUCUGGAUCAUCCAGACAUUCUGAGAGUGGUAGUGAAAAUUGCUAUUCCUUGGAUCAUCCCUUCCAUCAAGGGCUCUACAACCACAUCAAGCAGCAAGCCAGACUCCGUGAAGCUGUUGAACCCAUCAAGCAGGGAUCGUUUCAUGUAGAUUUUCCAGUACCUCCAGAUGAUGAAGUUGAGAUUGCCAAGACUAUAGAGUCGGAGUUACACAAGUUUGAGAACGGAAAUGAUGUCUAAUACGUUCUUUUAGGAUCUACUGUUGAGACCUUAAAAUCAGAGAUCUUUUGCUUAGUACAACCAAUGUAGGAAGAAGACUCCACAUUAGAAUUACUUCUAUCAGGAUUCGGCAGAAUUAGUUAGCAUUGUUUAUGUAUGUUAAAAGAGAAAUUAAGGGGUAGUCAACUUAAUGCAAAUCCCAGCUUUACAUCGUAUCACAAUGCAAGAGAUCAAUGCUAAAUAUAAUAUUUUAUCCUUGUGUUUCCUGAUC